AUCGUGGAUGGGAUGUUGACGAUGUUGAUAUGUACACGAGGAGGGACAACGUCGUGAUCAGAAAUACUAGUAGAGCUUUCAUUUCUUGCAUAGAAGGCGGACGAAGGGCAUGUUACAGUCACUUCAGACGAAGACGGAAAGGCGACGCAGCACCUCUUAGCUUUUUUGAGCUCGGUGGACCAAGAGGGAUGAAAGUCUUUGAAGACACUGAUGAUGUAUUUGAUCAGCUUUUCAAUAAGACGAAUGCAAUUGGCACUCGCAGAACUAUGGCACCAGUCGCUGGAGGUAGAUCUUCAACCUCGUUCUUCCCACUUGCGAUCGCACGGGCCGGACUGCAGACCUUAGCAAAGAUGCUUGCGCCCGUGUUAGCAAAAGGAGCCAGGAAAGCAGCUUCCGCGGCAAAAUUUAGCGCGAAGAUGGCGGCUAGAGGAGUGAAAAAUGGAGCAAUUGGCGCCAAAAAG